AUCAUCGCGUCGGGUGAAGUCUCUAUAAAAGAGGAAACGGGUUGGGCUUAUUUAUUUCCCUGAGAUAACUUCACUUACAAGCAGAGAAAAGUGAGCACAGACUCAGACUUUUAAUUUGUCUUUUUGAUCUACCAUGGAGAAAGGGGUCAACAGGAGAGAGCACAAGGAACAUGUCUUUGAAAAACAGCACUUGAAGCUGAAUGAUUUAAAAGAGAAAGCUCGAGAUUUGACAAAUCAAUAUCUCUUCAAAGAAAACAUCCCCAAAUCCCCUCGCCCGGAGUUUCAUGUGUCUCAUCUGAAACAUGACACAGAGGGAGACGGAUUGCGUGGCAUCUGGAGGGAUAAAGGCUUCAAGGACCCCUUCAAGGACCCGUUCUCUGGGUUGGAUCUGCUGUGGUGGAGUCUGUCUGUGGGACCUGAUGAGAUAAAGUCAGCUGAGAGGAGACUCCUGGAGAAAACCUACCCAGAUCAGACGGAGGAGCAGCUCCAGAAGCAGCAGGGAUUCCUGGAGAAGUUCACCACCUCUCCAGCCUUCCUGAAGACCUCCAGGCUGGGCUCAUACCGCUUCACCUUCCCCCUGAAGGACCUACUGGAGGCCUACAGCGAACAGUUUUGCUCCGGCGCUCCUCCCAUAAUGCGGGUGUUCAAGACCAUCCUGUACAAACAGGAAGUGAAUUACGUUGUGCUGGUCCACAGUCCAGACCAGGAGCAUCAGUUCUCUGACUAUCCUCUGCUGACUGACAACCCAGACGCUGUCUGCACUUACAGAGACGGCUGCUUCAUCUGGAGGCCUGAGGCCAUGAGUGAGACACACGGAUAUGAGUUGAUCGAGGGACCUGAUCAGAUGGAAGUGAAGGAGCUGUUUGGUAGAGAAGUUCAGUUCUAUGUUUGGGAUAAUGUCUCCAUCGCCCUGCAUGUGGAUAAACAGGUGCUGAACUUUGAUGCCGGCCGACUGAGAGACAACCUCAAGUUCUGCCAUGAAGGAUAUCCUUCAAUUAUACAUCGCAACAAGUUUCAUAACUUCCAGGGAGCUGAACAGUUAGUUAACAACUUGUGGCCCGACCAUCCCUCCCCACUGGAGAAAGAUGAAUAGCUAAAUUAACACUUAAAACACAAUAAACAUUAUUCAAAU